UUAUUUUUACUACUUUGGCUAAAGUAAAAUCAGAAUUCUAACAAACAUAGUUACUACGUUCAUUGAUUUAAUCAUCUGUCAAAAUUAACAGCUGAUAGUCGUCGAAGAAUUUGUGACAACUAUACUUAAAUAACAUUUUGUUUACCUAAAAAAACGAGGCGUGACUCAUUUGAAGAGAUUAAUAAUUUUAUUAUACUAAUGAAUUAAUUGCGAUAAAAGCUCUCUAACAUGAUUAAAGUAAAUAUAUUGCAUGUGCUUCUAAUAUUUAUAUUGGCCAGGACAAUCAGCUGUCAAAAUAUUAGUAUUACAUUGCCUCUAAAUAAAACAAUAUCAUGGGGUAACAGAGAGAUCUAUGGUGGUUUCGCUAAUCUCAAUGCAUCAUCAACACUACAAGUUGACUUUACAAAUGUCAAUAAAAAUAUAUCCUACAUAAUAUUUCAAGUGCACAGUCAUUUACAUAAUGUAACAUUAUAUAAUAAUACUUAUAUAAAAGGUUCAUACAUAUCCGGAACGAAUGUUGGACUGUACAGCAGCAUUAAACCGAAGCUAGAUACAUUUUAUGUAUACAAUCCGAAUGUGAAUAUAAAUUUGAAAUUGUAUUUGUCUGUGCAUGGAUAUGAAAAAUCAGACCCUAUACCAGGUGGUUGCAAUAUGGAAUUUCCCAUACCAAUAUCUCCGUUCAUACAAACCUCGUAUAACAAAGAUUACAUCUUAGUUGAUGCUGCAGCAGCUAGAGAUUCAUCAGAUAUGAUUUGUAAUACUCUUGAUAAGGUUGUAGUGUUUUUCUACAAAAUGUAUUUGCCUGAAAGAAACUAUGAUGCUGAUACAUACUUUGAUGGUAUAAAAAAUAUGAUAACAAUGGAUGCCAUUGAUAAUUUUGGUGAAUUUAUCCCUGAAAAUGGCGAUCGCAUGCGUCGCAUGCUAAGCGCCUAUCCCGGUACUGGUGCCGUGUAUGUAGCCGUUGCUAUUAGCACGCUGAACGUAAGCUCGUAUUCGGUAUACGUACCGACAUAUUCUUAUGCGUGCUCACCUUUGGUGGAUGGCGGUUGUGAAUUAUUAGAUGACUUCCUGUCACAGAUACUCUGUGCUUCGCUAUUGUUCGUCGGGCUGUUCAUAUGUUUCUUCGGACACAGGUUUUUCAAGACUGAAAUGUUUUUAGUUGGUUUAAUAAGCGGCGUUAUUAUAACAUAUAUUUUUAUAUCUCUCACCGCAGACCUGGAUAGACCUGCUUUGCUAGGUGCGUCUGUGUUGUCUGGCAUAUGUUUUGGAGCGAUUUGGCUAUUAUUCUGGUGGUUCUAUGGCAUACCACUGAUAGCUGUUCUCUUGUCGACGCUCAACGUCGGCUUCUUGUUCUCUGCCAUAAUCUAUUAUGGAUUACCAGGUGGUCUUCUUGCUCUACAAGUAGAUCUUAACUUUUGGACCCUGUUCGUUCUUGUCAUGUUGAUGACGUCACUGAUGCUAGUGUCUAUGACUUUCCUCUCAAACAUUCUAUGCUGCUCGAUACUCGGCGCGUACGCGACUAUAUUCCCUUUCGACUAUUACUUAGGGUCGAGUUUGAAAUACAUUAUCAUAAACACAGUGCGAAGGGCAGUCGUACCGCAAUUCAAUAAGGCUAUACUUUCACCGCCCUUUGAAUGGAGGGAUGCAAUAAUAUCUUUGUUAUGGGUGGCCCUGGCGACUUCCGGUUUCCUUUUCCAACACUUCCAAAACCGAGGCAGGCCACCUUUUCCUCCACCGCCAAGGAAUAUUAGACCCGUGCCAUCACAUUUGUACUACGGUACCACUGAAUCAAGGAGACGAAGAUACGAAACGGCGACCACAGUUAUACCAACAGCAAUUCAUACCGAGAGAACGCCAUUAUUAGGAUAAGUUAUCAAAAAAUAUUCAUAAAAACCACGUCUUAUUAAUUUAGGUAUAGCCAUAUAUAUAUAUAAAUCUUUGCCUUUAUGAUUUCCUACAUGUACUAGUAUAAAAAAUAUUUACCUUAAUAAAAUCAUACAUAUCUACUUAAAAGAAAAAUGUAUAAACUUAAGAUUACUUAUAAAUGUGAAUACUUAAAUGAAAUUUUUAAAUAAGUUGUUUUUUUUAAUAAGACAUAAAUUAUAAUAAACAUAGUAUAAUAUGAUAAACUUGACCUAAUGUGAUAUUGUUUAGCACUUUUUAUUUUCGCAUGUCUCUGGCAUGUUCCACAGAUUAUAUAUAAAUUUAGUUAUGCAUUGAAAAUGCAAUUAUUCCUUUGUAUAUAAAAGGAAUAUGUAUUUGUAUAGAUAUACGGUUCGUAUAUAUUUAAAUAUAUAUUUUUUUUCAAACCGUAUCUCUUACCAAGACUGCUGAAUUGUGAUUAAUUAAGAAUCAAUGUUAUCUGCGCAGUUAUAUUUAAAUAAAUUUGAUUGCGACAA